CAUACUGUUAUUAAAAUCCUUAAGAACGGCCUCAUUGAUAACUAUCCCGAGCAUUUACCUCUGCGCUCCGUAACAACACCCAAGUUGUCCGACAUCCCUUGACCUUAGCUCACAUCUUUCUACAAUCCUCCUUCACAGCCAGUCUUUGUGGAAUAUCUCACAAUUACAUUUAAAAUGGCACAUACCAAUGGCACACGUCAUGUGCUCCUUCGACCAGGCAUAUACGCGCCGACCAUGACUUUCUUUGAUCCGGAAACGGAAGACCUAGAUAUUCCAACUAUUCGGAAGCAUGCUGUGCGAUUGGCCAAAGCUGGACUUGUCGGACUCGUCACCAUGGGUUCAAAUGGAGAGGCGGUGCACCUAGACCGCAGCGAACGAAUGCAAGUGACUCGCGCAACGCGAGAAGCUCUUGACGAAGCUGGCUUUCAAAAUGUUCCUGUCAUCGCCGGUGCCGCAGAGCAAAGCGUCAGAGGGACCUUGAGUCUCAUCCGCGAAGCUGCCCAAGCUGGUGCUGACCAUGUAUUGCUCGUUCCGCCCAGCUAUUUUCGCCCGGCUAUGACAGAUGAUGUGCUCUACGACUACUACACCACCGUAGCAGAUGCGUCACCAUUGCCCAUUCUACUAUAUAAUUACCCGGGCGCAGUCGCUGGGAUCGACAUGAGUAGCGACCUGAUUAUCCGCAUCUCCCGGCAUUCCAACAUCGUGGGCACAAAGUUUACCUGUGGUAAUACAGGCAAACUUACCCGUGUUGCUGCCGCCCUGGAUGCAGCUUCCGUCAAAAACGCAGGGUCGGGAUACAUGGCCUUUGGUGGCUUUGCCGAUUUCACUGUACAGACCCUAGCCAGCGGCGGCUCUGGAAUUAUAGCAGGAUGCGCCAAUGUCUUUCCGAAGACGGCAGUGCGUGUCUGGAAUCUUUGGUCGCAGGGUAAGAUUGAUGAAGCGAUCAAGCUCCAGACAUUAGUGUCUCAGGGCGACUGGAUCACUACCAAGGGCGGGGUUGCCGGCACCAAGGCUGCCCUUCAACUAUAUUUUGGCUACGGUGGCUACCCGAGACGCCCGUUGGCGCGGUUGUCCGAAGAGAAGACGAAGCAGCUCGGCGAAGAUCUGGCGGAUAUAAUGAAGUAUGAAGCGGGGUUGUGAGGUAAAUUAAUGAUCGCAUGCGCAGAGCUCUUGGCUCGAUUUCAAUGAGAUAUUAUAAAAUGGACAGAUGAUUUCUGAGCAAUCGAAAAUGUUAGGCAAUUAUGGUAGCAAUUUACGUGGAGAUGAAUUGAUUUUCCAAUUUCAGCAUAGAUUUCCCAGACGAAAUGAUAAUCACGACUGAGUAUAUAAUAAGAACGUCA